UUACGCCAGUUAACCCUCUCCCCCAUUUUCCAAGAAGAUUUAAAAUAAGUGAAUUCUCUUCCUUUCUUCGAAACCAAGUCAUCAGAGCAAGAGUUGAGAACAAGGAGUCAGUCAUGGAUCUAACAGAAGUAUCCCAGCUAUUCGAAAGAUUCAAGGCUGCAUUUUUGAGGAGGGAUUACGAUAGUUGCAUCAAUUUACUUUCGCAGCUUAAGGUUUUGCUAACAAGAUUUAGAAGCCUUCCGCCAUUGUUUGAAGAUACACCUAAUGCUGUUCAGGAAUUGAUGAUAGCAAGGGAAAUUUAUGAGCAUGCUGUUGUUUUAAGUGUGAAAGUUGAGGAUCAAGAUGCCUUUGAGAGGGAUUUCUUUCAGUUGAAACCUUAUUAUACAGAUGCCAGUAGCCGUCUUCCCCCAUCACCACAGGAGUACCCAAUCUUGGGUCUUAAUCUACUGAGACUACUUGUGCAAAAUAGAAUUGCUGAGUUUCACACCGAACUGGAGUUACUUUCAUCCACUGCUUUGGAGAAUCCUUGCAUCAAGCAUGCUGUGGAGUUGGAGCAAUCAUUUAUGGAAGGUGCUUACAACCGUGUCUUGAGUGCUAGGCAGACUGCCCCUGAUGAAACUUAUGUUUAUUUCAUGGAUCUCCUGGCAAAGACAGUCAGGGAUGAAAUAGCUGGAUGCAGUGAGAAGGCAUAUGAUUAUCUUUCAAUUAGUGAUGCCACGAAAAUGUUGUUGUUCUCUUCUGAGAAAGAACUUUUGGAGUACGUCAAGGAGGAUCAUCCUGAGUGGGAGGUAAAGAACGGAUUUGUUUUCUUCCAGAAAGCAAAAGAAACCGCACCUUGCAAGGAAAUACCAUCCCUGCAACUUAUCAACCAGACACUAAGUUAUGCGAGAGAGUUGGAGCGAAUUGUGUAGUACAUAAUUAUAUGUGGUUGUUUUCGUUGACACUACAACAUCUCCAUCAUUUGAAAUCUAGUAAUGCUAUUCAAAAUUGUUACAGAAUUUCCUGUUAGUACUUUCAAAUUUAAUGACCUUUCCAGUGUAUGGUUGUAGCAAUCACGAAACUUUGUGCUUGUGGUUAGUCUUCUGUGUUUCAAAAAUUAAAUCUGUCUUAUUUGUUUGCAAAACAAUGCAGCAAUGUUGAAUGAAUUGUAACUUUUAGCA